AUGGCUACCGAACUCAUCUCAACCCCUGGCUUCAGCGAUCUUCCCAACGAGCUGGUCAUGAACAUCAUCGAGUGCAUGCCCAUCGAGGCUCCCAAGGACAUAUGCAAUUUCAGCCUGACCAGCCGGCGCAUGCACAUGUUGGCACUCGACCACCUAUACAACCAUGUUCUAGUGUCAUGCCCCUGGCCACUCGUACGAACUCUCCUUAAUGACCCGGAGCUCGCAGCGCGCGUCCACCAGGUGACAUGGAAGCCAGACACUGAUGAGGACUACAGCAGCCAAAACCAGAAGAUGCUUUCCAGCCUGUUGAAGUCUUUCAAACCAGUAGGGCUGAAGCGGUGGUCAAGUAAGAAACAGGAACCAGCCGUGACGUGGCGGCACCACGAGUUUAUGAAUUUCUUCCUCAUGUCCACGCCCAUCGUCGCCACGCUUGUCAUCAAGGACACGCAUGGGUGGAGAGACAACGUCUACUGGUUCGGCGGCAACGUCAGCGAAACAGGCAAGCUGCAACACCUGCGGAGCGUCCACAUCCACGGGCCCCUCUGCAUGGAGCAAACCGCACACUUGUUCCUGCUGCCUUCGCUGCGUGACAUCACGCUGAUUGAUCUGGUUCAGCUGGAGCGCCGCACCCGUGACUAUGUCGAAUGGGAAAAAACAAUUCCGCUGCAGACGGUGCUUGGGCCGCACAUGGUGUCGCAUGUCCAAAACAUUACCCUCAAGCGCGCGUCUGUCGAGACGCAAACACUGGCGUAUUUCACGCAAGCAUGCAAAGACCUCAAGAGCUUCGCGUACGAACACGACGUCCACAACGACCUCCGCAACUUGCACUCGCCUAAUCUGCUCGCCAAAAUGCAGACUCUCGCCUCGGCCUUGACGCGCAACCGCGCAUCGCUGGAGCGCCUGUCCAUCCGUGGUGACCACCAAAUGCUGCUUCAGAAGCACGUUCUACAGGUUGCUCGGCUGGCAUCCGGAAUGUCGGUUCUGCGCUCGCUGGACAUGGGCUUGGUGACGCAUGACGACGACCCAGAACGCUGUACACCAGACUUUGUCAUGGAGCUUGUGCGGCUACUCCCGCCGACGCUCGAGGAGCUCACCAUCGAAAUGGACUGGCAGGAGCACUGGGGCUCAAAGGGGUGGGAGGGCCCGACUGAUAUGCUGCGCUACUUUGCUGACAUUGCGCCUGAGAAGCUGCAGUCGCUCAGGAGAGUGGCCGUUGUGGAUUGGCCGCCGAAACUGGGUUGUUUUCCUCCAGACUUCGCUGUCCUGUACCAGUGUUUUGCAGAACACGGUGUUCAUUUCGCAUCAAUUCCGGCAAAUAUCGAAGGGCCUGAUCCGUUGCAGAUGUCCGACUGUAUCGAGCCUGGGUGGGUCUUUGUAAUGGCUACCGAUGUAGAGUGGCAUUACUAA